UAGGUGUGUGCAGUGUUGCCAGUUUUACUUUUAUAAAAUUACGUUUUUUUUUCGUAAUCUAUAUCAUAAAGAAUUUUUUUUAUUAUUUUUUCGGGACUCCCGUAACCCCCGUAAAUAAGGUACUGAAGAGUUAAUCCGCCAUUUUCCAGACACGCGGUAUAAUGGGUUUCUCGAAAACGGCUCUAACGAUUUCGAUGAAAUUUAUAGGUUGGGGGUUUUUUGGGUCAAGAAAUCGAUUGAUCAUAGUAUUAACUUCUGAAAAUUACAGCUGCAUACAUUUUCAGCAGUUUUCAGGCAUUGAAUUAUCUUCGUUGUUAGGUAACAUCAGACCGAACGAGAUUGUUUUAGAGAAGUCUGGGUGACAGUACGUUUGACGUACCUUUUUAUCUUCAACUGUACGUACCGAAACAUACUCCACUGCAUAAGUAGAGGACGUUAAAAUUCACCUUCUGAGGUGGGAAAAUUUACGGAAAACUCAACAGUGAGCGGAUAAAAGGCACACGAAAGCAUUAAUUUCGGAGUUUUGGAGGCUUCCACGGUCGGAAUCAAUAUAUUGUCACAUUAGAUUUUUUGAGUUUUAUAGUUUCGACAUUCCUCUCUUCGGGAAAUGGCCCAGCCGCGAGUUACGGCGGGAGACCGGGGAGACCAUAAUGCUGAGCUUGCCAUAGAUUGAUGAACUGUGAUUUUGCAAGCUCAGCACCAGGGAGUCUUCCUCGGCUCGUGCCGGAGCUCCGGAAGGCAGAGUGUGUGUGGUGGCCCACGGCGACAACACGAGUAGUAGACGAGACUAUAAUUACACGUCUGGUAAAUACAACCCAUAUCUAUUGUGUUGGUGACAAAAAUGUCAAUUCAGCAAUAUCUACCUAUCCACCUUUAGUAGAGCUUCAACAUGCCGAAAAUUUAUUAGAGUCUGGAACCUGGGAAAACGACGACUGGAUCACAAAAGAUUCGAGUAACAUCAUAUCACCAGUAACCGAUAAAAGAUGGGAAGAUUUUGGUUUGAUUAAAUCAAAUUAUUUCUACUUUACCAAUGCGACUUCUGCAAUUUUCUCGCUUUACGGUGCAGAAAAUAUUGAAAUUUUUGGGGACGAUGGAGAAUCACUUGACUAUGUAAAACAAUCACUCAAUAACACCGAAGAAUGGAACACGUUCACCAUUUUUUUUAAAGAUAACUACAUAAAUUAUUUCAUCAAUAACAAUCACAUCAGAAGACAUCCAUUAAAACCUACACAUCUGGCGUUGAAAACUGAAGAGGAAGCAUACUUUAAAAUGCACAAUUAUAAAUACAAAGAAGCAACUGAUGUUACAAAUACAAGAAGUGGUCCUACGUCUUUGAAGAUUCCUCCGGUCAGUAAUUCUGCUCUUAUUCUCUACAUUUCUUUGUGUAGAUCAUGUGUACUAGAAGUUGAAUAUGACGGUAAAAUUAAGAACAUUCCUUCACAUAUCAAAGAAACUACUGAUGUGUUCGACGAAUGGCAGGAGUUCAAAAUCAAUAUAAAUUCUUCUAAAACAAGUCAGGUGAAUUUUACUAGAAAAAAGAACAACCAAACAGAAGACGGAUAUUGGAGACUCGAUGCAAGACUCUAUAACAACGAAUACAAUGUGGUGGCGUAUAAUAUACCUAAUGACAUCAAACCCGAGGACGUACGCUGUAAAUAUUUGCAACCAUCAAACACUGAGAAACCAAAUAGAGCGAAACGAAGAGCGAACCCAUCAGACUCUUCUACAGAUGAUAUCGCUAAGUGUCUCUUAGGCAUGGCUGAUAAGUGCGACAUCAGUUGUGCGAGUAUUUUAGGAGAUCGGUAUUCACAAUGUCAAGGACAUAAGAUUUGCGAUGUGGAGGGUUGUAAGUGUCAUCCGUGUUACACAGGCGAUUGGUGUAACAAAAGGGAUGAUACUGAAAGUGUGUGUCAAGUGCACCAUGAAUCUUUCCUAGAUGAUACAAUUAAAGGAGCGAAGCAAGAUCUGUCGAAACAAUUUUCGACCAAUUUUUUUACAGGGGUUACAGGAGGCUGGAUGUCAUGGUCCAACAUAAUUUUAUGGGCGGUAGUAUUAAGCGUGAUCAUAAUCGAAGGAGCAAGGCGCAUCAAAAAUCGAUAUACUAGAUUAUCCACAUUAUCAGUGGAAGAUGGUGAAGCGGAGGAGCAACUCUCUGCAAGUAACAUGUCUUACACUGAUAAUAGCAACAAGACUUCUACAGACUCCGUGUGUAACUUUAAUUUGAGACUUAAAUAAUUGCUGUCUUAACUGAACUCAGUGUGUGUCGAGGUCGUAUGAACUUUCUUAAUACCGUAACAUAUCUAUAAACAAGUCACACUUUUUACAGAAUCACGCAACAAACCAUACGACAACAUAGAUGCUUUUUAUUGUACUUAAAAUUGUUAAACGAUAUUGUUAUACAAUAAAUUUGAGUAAAAUUUACCACAAAA